AUGGUCAAUAUUAUGCUAAAUGGUAGACCUAAGAUCCAUGUAAUCCACAUGCAGCACUUUAGUUUUAAGUUUACGACUUCUAGUUCACAAAAGCACGCCAAAAAGAUGUUAUUCCAGUUGAUCCGGCAUUUCCACAAGGGUCCUGUGUGCAGAGCCGCAGAGUCCUCUCUCCUAGCCAAACUUAGAAAAAAAACUGGCUACACCAUUGCUAAUUGCAAAAAAGCUUUAGAAAUGCAUAACAAUGAUUCUGAACAGGCUGAGGCAUGGCUGAAUGAGCAGGCUCAAGCUAUGGGCUGGGCAAAGGCUACAAAGCUUGCAGGACGCACAGCUCUUCAAGGACUAGUUGCUGUGAAAUUUGAUAAAGGACAUGGAGCACUAGUAGAGCUAAACUGUGAAACAGAUUUUGUUGCCAAAAAUGACAAAUUCCAUAAGAUGAUUGAAGAUGCUACCAUUGCAUGUUACAAAUUUGCUCACACUCACUUGACAGCAAAAGGACCAAUCACAAAGAUGGAGUUAGAUAGUGAACAAUUAGGGAAUCUUCCUGCUGAAGGUGGAAAAAAAUUGUCAGAAACUUUGGCUUUGUUUAUUGGAUCUGUCGGUGAAAAUGCAGUUCUUAGGAGAGCAGAAUGUUGGAAGGCAAAUAGUAGUGAUAUCAAAAUAUCUGCUUAUACACACCCUGCUCCAACUGUAUCGUCCGACUAUUCUGCUGGCAAAUAUGGCGCACUACUUGCAUACAAACAACCAAAUGAUGUAGAAGAUAUAGGCAAGCAACUUUGUCAACAUAUUGUUGGCAUGGCUCCUAAAAAGAUUGGUAAUAAAGAAAUAGAUAAACCAGCUAAAGAUGCAGAUGAUGAACAAGCUCUUAUAUUCCAAGAAUAUUUGUUAGACCCGUCUUACACUGUAGAAGAAAUCUUAGAAGAGCAUAAAGUUCAAAUUAUUGAUUACGUAAGAUUCUCAUGUGGUGAAGUAAUAGAAGCAAACAUGCCAGGUGUAGAGAAACAACCAUUGGAUACAGUACAAACAUUGCAGUAA